CAUAGGGUUGUGCACACCCCAAUUCCCCGUGGAUCCCCCAGGCUGUGGCACACUCACAUUUGGGGCAGAGUCCCUGAGGAUGAAUGGCUCCGAGCUCGCCGGCAGCACCGCACCCAACCCCAAAGGAAAGGAGGAUCCAGCUGGGAAUGGGCACGAGGAGAAGGAGAACAAUCCCUUCGCUGAGUACAUGUGGAUGGAGAACGAGGAGGACUUCAACCGGCAGGUGGAGGAGGAGCUGCAGGAGCAGGAAUUCCUGGAUCGCUGCUUCCAGGAGAUGCUGGAGGAGGAGGAGCAGGAUUGGUUCAUCCCGGCGCGGGAUCUCCCGCAGGGAAUGGCGCAGCUCCAGCAGCAGCUCCACGGCCUCUCCGUGGGCGACGGGCACGCGGCCGAGGACAUCCUGAGCAAAAGCAACUUGAAUCCAGAUGCCAAGGAAUUCAUUCCCGGCGUGAAGUACUGACCUCGGAAAUUCGGGAAUGGCCUGGCCAGAGACUGAAUCCCUGCUCCAGGGAAAAGCUGGGACAUGGGAAGAGCCCGGAGCGGCUCCGGCACCGGGAUCUGCUCCAGCUCCAACUUCUGGGUUUCCCUAAAUUUUUUUUUUCCUUUUUUUUGUUUUUUUUUUUCCUGGCUUUUCCUCACGUUUUCUUGGCAGUUUUUGGCUUCCUGGGAUUUGCGGCGACCCCGCCAGCGGGAAAAUCUUGGGAAAAGUCAUGGGAAAAUCACAGGAAAAUAAUGGGAAAAAUCACGGAAAAAUCACAGGAAAAUCGUGGGAAGAUCACAGGAAAAUCCUGGGAAAAUCUUGGGAAAAAUCAUGGGAAAAUUACAGGAAAAUCUUGGGAAGAUCACAGGAAAAUAAUGGGAAAAAUCACAGGAAAAAUCACGGAAAAAAUCACAGGAAAAUCUUGGGAAGAUCACAGGAAAAUAAUGGGAAAAUCUUGGGAAAAAUCAUGGAAAAAUCACAGGAAAAUCCUGGGAAAAUCACAGGAAAAUCCUGGGAAAAUCUUGGGGAAAUAAUGGAAAAAUCACAGCAAAAUCUUGGGAAAAUCACAGGAAAAUAAUGGGAAAAUCUUGGGAAAAAUCAUGGGAAAAUUACAGGAAAAUUUUGGGAAGAUCACAGGAAAAUAAUGGGAAAAAUCACAGGAAAAAUCACAGGAAAAUCAUGGGAAAAAUAAUGGAAAAAUCACAGGAAAAUCGCGGGAAGAUCACAGGAAAAUAAUGGGAAAGUCUUGGGAAAAAUCAUGGGAAAAUCCUGGGAAAAUCUUGGGAAAAGUCAUGGGAAAAUCACAGCAAAAUAAUGGGAAAAUCACAGGAAAAUCCUGGGAAAAUCUUGGGGAAAUAAUGGAAGAAUCACAGCAAAAUCUUGGGAAAAAUCAUGGGAAAAUCACAGCAAAAUCUUGGGAAAAUCACAGGAAAAUAAUGGGAAAAUCUUAGGAAAAAUCAUGGGAAAAUUACAGGAAAAUCUUGGGAAAAUCUUGGGAAAAAAUCCUGGGAAAAUCACAGGAAAAUAAUGGGAAAAUCUUGGGAAAAAAUCAUGGGAAAAUCCUGGGAAAAUCACAGGAAAAUAAUGGGAAAAUCUUGGGAAAAUAAUGGAAGAAUCACAGCAAAAUCUUGGGAAAAUCUUGGGAAAAAUCAUGGGAAAAUCACAGGAAAAUCCUGGGAAAAUCUUGGGGAAAUAAUGGAAAAAUCACAGCAAAAUCUUGGAAAAAUCACAGGAAAAUAAUGGGAAAAUCUUGGGGAAAUAAUGGAAAAAUCACGGGAAAAAUCAUGGAAAAAUAAUGGGAAAAUCACGAGAAAAUAAUGGAAAAAUAAUGAGAAAAGCAUGGGAAAUCAAUAAUGGGAAAAUCAUGGAAAAUCUUGGGGAAAAUCAUGGAAAAUCUUGGGAAAAAUCAUGGAAAAUCAUGGACUAUCAAUAAUGGGAAAAUAAUGGGAAAUCAGUAAUGGGAAAAUCAGCUUUUCCUGCUUCCAGAGGAUUUUAGGGUUGGGAGCUGCACUGGAUUUUCCCUGAUCUUUCGGGAAUGGAUUUUCCCUGAUUUUUCGGGAGCGGGAUUUUCCCUGAUUUUUUGGGAAUGGGAUUUUCCCUGGUUUUUCCGGGCUGGGAUUUUCCCUGCUGGAAGUGAAGGGUUCCAAGGUGCAAUCCCGAAAUUCCUCCAUGUGGAAGCUGAGCAGGGGGAUCCUGCCAAUCCCAGAGGUUUUUAGGGAAACCUGGAUUUCCCAAACUCCUCUUCCCCUUAAGGAAUUCCUCAGCUCAUCCAACACUACAGCCCUGAUUCCUCAAAAUCCAAGGAAAACUGAAUUCCUGGGAAAAGGAGAGGGUUGGGAUGAGGGAUAUUUGGGAAUAUCCUGGUGCUGAUCCCUUUUCCAAGGAUCCUGGGGUGGGAUCCGUGUCUCCAUCGGGAUUUGAUCCUGGGAAUUUCCUUCCCAAUCCAUGGGAGCUGCAGCUCCCAAAAUCCCAGCCAUUCCCACGGUUCUGAGAGGCUCAGAAAUCCAAGGAAAGCGGGAGAUCCUUGAUUUUGGGAAUCCCUAUCCAAGGAAAUCAGGAACUUUUUGGGAUUGGAAAUCCCUAUCCAGGGAAAGCAGGAGCUCCUUGGGGUCAGGAAUCCCUAUCCAAGGAAAUUAGGAACUUUUUGGGAUUGGGAAUCCCUAUCCAAGGAAAUCAGGAGCUCCUUGGGGUUGGGAAUCUCUGUCUGAGGAAAUCAGGAGUGUCUUGGGAUUGGGAAUCCCUGUCCAAGGAGAGCAGGAGCUUCCCAAGGUCAGAAACCCUGCCCAGGGAAACCAGGAAUGUUUUGGGAUUGGGAAUCCCUGUCCAAGGAUAUCAGGAGUUCCUUGGGAUUGGGAAUCCCUAUACAGGGAAAUCAGGAACUUUUUGGGAUUGGGAAUCCCUAUGGAGAAAAAUGGGGAAUGUUUUGGGAUUGGAAAUCCCUACAGAGGAAGAAUAGGAGCUCCUUGGGGUCAGGAAUCCCUGUCCAAGGAAAUCAGGAACUUUUUGGGAUUGGGAAUCCCUGUCCAAGGAAAUCAGAAGCUCCUGAUCGGGGCCAGAAAUCCCUGCCCAGAAAAAUCAGGAACUUUUUGGGAUUGGGAAUGUCUGCCUGGAGAAAGUGGGAGCUCUCUGGGAUUGGGAAUCCCUCUACAAGGAAAUCAGGAAUUUUUUGGGAUUGGGAAUCCCUCUACAAGGAAAUCAGGAAUUUUUUGGGAUUGGGAAUCCCUGUCCAGGGAAAUCAGGAGCCUCCCAAGGUUACAAACCCCUGUGCCUGGAAAACGGGACCUACUUGGGGUUGGAAAUCCCAAACCAGGAGCAUCCCAAAGGCUCCAAACCCCUUUUCCAGGGAAAGUGGGAUCUGCUGGGCUGGGGAACCGGCCCCGUUCCCGCUGCUCAUCCCUGGAAAUCCCCAUGGAUCAGCGGGACCGGGGCCGCCGGAGCGUGAACAGGGCUGAGCUCAUGGAAUUCCCGGCGCUUCCCGCUGUUCCAGCCCCUCUGGAAGCAGCGGCCCCAUGGAAACCCCGCCCCACAAGCCCCGUUUGGGGCCGGCUUUGGCUGGGAUGGAUCCCACGCUCUCCCCUCCUCUUUUUCCCGGUUUUCCUUGGAUUUCUCCCCCAGUUCCCUCCUUGUCCCCACCCCCAAUGCUGUACAUUUCAGACCAGAGGCGUUAUCCCAAAUAAACUUUUUUUGGAAGGGAG